AGCCGGGCAGCCUCCUCUCUGCAGCACAUCAUGAGGGCAGCCUCGCUCCUGCUGCUCACCGCGACGUACGCGCAGCAGCAGCGGAUAGCCAUCUACGUGCUCUCGACCGGCAAGUCGAAGCGGCUCAACGGCACGCACACCGAGCCGCUGCAUUGGCUCACCCAGCGCGCCCUGCCCGCGCUCGACACGUGGGCGAAGGGCUUCGACCGCGUCGUCUUCGUCGUGGAGAAGGGCUUCGAGGGCUCGGCGGCCGGCCGCGGCUGCCGCCCGGCGCGCGACGGCACGCUCGUGUGCCCGCGCCUGGCCGACGCGCACCUCCUCGCGGCCGACUGCACGGACGAGUACCGCGGGGCGGGGCCGUGCUGCAAGUGCGACGCGGCGUUCGCCCACGCGGCCGGCGCCGCGCGGCCGUGGGACUGGGUCGGCUUCGCGGACGACGACGUCUUCUUCGACCCCGUCGGCACCUGUGUGGAAAUCAACCAGUGCGUCGGGUGCACGGUGAGGAACCGGCACCGCCACGCUAUCGAGCAGGCGUCGCCUCCAUGGCGUGAACGCUCCGUAAAAUUUUGAUUUCCACACAGGUCGGCACGCGGCACGCGCUCUACAGCGCCGGCGACGUCGACGCGCCGGUCGCCGUCGUGCCGCAGGGCUCGCGGCGGCGCCCGCCGUUCCACGCGCCCGCGAGGUGCCGGACCGCGAUGCGCGCGAGCUACUGGGCGCAACCGGCGCUGCUGUCGCGGGGCGCCCUGGCCCGCGCGGCGGCGGCGUUCCGCGCCGGCGGCACGCAGAGCGAGUGCAGGCUCUUCGACGUGUCCCACGAGGGCGGCCUGGGCGUCCUGCUGUGGUCGCUCGGCGUCGAGUCGCUCGGGCUGCCGGAGCCCGACGCCUACCUGCGGGAUUCGCGGCGCCCCGUGUGGAAAUCAACCAGGGAGUCGACCAGUGCAGGGUGCCUGAAAUUUGAUUUGCUUUGCUUAGAGCUAGGCCGCCUAGCCACCCGGCCGCCGCGGGGCUGCGUGACCGAACGCCCGCCCCGCACCCGCCCACGUACGCCGUCGCCCCGAGUGUUGGCUCGGAGGCGACGACUGCGAGGAUUUCCACACAGACGGUACCUGCGGGGCCUCCCGGGCGCGCGGGAGUUCCGGCGCAUGCGCCUGCAGCGGCCGAAGCACAAACCGGUCGCCGUCCACCGCGUCGCCCGCGGCAACGACUACCCGACCGCGCACGCCGUCCGCGCCGCGCUAUCGUCGCCGGAGUACACGCGCAUCCCCGCGACCGCCACGGUGUUACGGGGCGCGAUCCCGCCGCGGGACGUGUCCCCGGGCGCGCCCUUCGCGCCGUUCCGGCCCGAGGACUGCGCCCCGCCGUCGCCGCUAUCGUGACGAAGUUGUAUCAGUUUCUAGUAGUCCUUACCCGC